AUGGCGAACACUCCUGAGGCACCUGAUUUAGAUUUGAAGAAAGGCGUGAAGAACUUGGUUGAUAAUUGGGGGGCUUUACAGGCACUUCCCCCAAAUUAUAUUCUGCCUCUUCCCCGUUGCUCGUUGCCCGUUUUGGAGGCCCCCAUUCCCGUAAUAGACAUGUCCUGCCUGUACGAGCAUCCUGACUGUAGGUUGCACACUGUUCGGGACAUUGGUUUAGCAUGCUCUCAAUGGGGAUUCUUUCGUGUCAUAAACCAUGGCGUCAAUGUUUCUCUAAUGCAAGAGAUGCUGAAGAGUGUAGAGGCCUUCUUCUCUCUCCCAUGGGAUGAGAAGAUGAAGUAUGCAUCUGAUAAUGUGAUGGAUCCUGUGCGUUAUGGCACCAGUAUGAAUAGCUCAGCCCCACAUGCCUUACAUUGGAGAGAUUAUUUCAGACAUUUUGGCCACCCCGUCCACAAUACCGUUCAUCUUUGGCCGCAUAUGCCGCCUGGCUACAAGAAAGUGGCAAAAGAAUAUUUAGAGGCCGUGUGGCAUUUAGCAUUAAGGUUAGCUGGAGCAAUAUCACAAAGCCUAGGGCUAGAGGAAUCAUACAUAGAAGCCUCUCUAGGGGAGGGGUGCCAAAUAAUCGCUUCAAAUUACUAUCCACCAUGUCCACAACCACAUCAAACCCUAGGGCUUUCAGCCCAUUCGGAUCAUGGAGGAUUAACUGUGCUAAUGCAAAAUGACGUGGAUGGCCUCCAAGUGAGACACGAGGAUACGUGGGUUCCAAUUCGACACAUGGAGGACACAUUUAUCAUCAAUGUGGGGGAUUAUUUGGAGAUAUUAAGCAAUGGGAGGUACAAAAGCGUGGAACAUCGAGCUGUGGUAAAUGAGAAAAGAACGAGAAUCUCCAUUGCAGUGGGCCACGGCCCUGAGUUGAGCACCAUUGUGGCCCCUGCAACUAUGCUCAUCAGUGGCGGUGAGAAGGCCAAGUAUAGGCCUGUGGUUUAUGCAGACUAUAUGAGGAUGCAACAAAGUAGUGUGAUUAGGGGAAAGACCCCCUUGGAGUCCCUGCGUAUAGACUAA